GCCCAGGGGAGCUAAACCUUCCUGGGUUGGCCUGGGGGCUUGAGCAGAGUCAUGGAUUCUCUGGCCCUGCAGCUGUGCGCUCUCCUCUGCCUGGCGGCUCACUCUGCUUCUGGAAGCCCCAUCAUGAGCCUGGAGCAGUCGCCUCUGGAAGAAGACAUGCCCCUCUUCGAUGAUGUCUUCUCGGAGCAAGAUGGUGUUGACUUUGACACACUGCUGCAGAGCAUGAAGAACGAGUUUCUCAAAACAUUGAACCUGUCUGACAUCCCCAUGCAGGACUCGGCCAAGGUGGACCCGCCAGAGUACAUGCUGGAACUCUACAACAAGUUUGCCACAGACCGCACCUCCAUGCCAUCUGCCAACAUCGUCAGGAGUUUCAAAAAUGAAGAGUUGUUUUCCCAACCAGCCAGUUUUAAUGGGCUCAGAAAAUACCCUCUCCUCUUCAAUGUGUCCAUCCCCCACCAUGAAGAGGUCAUCAUGGCUGAACUUAGGUUGUACACACUGGUGCAAAGAGAUCGCAUGAUAUAUGAUGGAGUGGACCGGAAAAUUACAAUUUUUGAAGUACUUGAGAACACAGAGGACAAUGAGGGUGAAAGAAACAUGCUGGUCUUGGCAUCAGAGGAGAUCUAUGGAACCAACAGUGAGUGGGAGACUUUUGACGUCACCAGUGCCAUCAGACGUUGGCAAAAGUCAGGUUCAUCCACCCACCAGCUGGAAGUCCACAUUGAGAGCAGACAUGACGAAACUGAGGGCACUGGCAGGGGACAACUGGAAAUAGACACCAGCGCCCAGAAUAAGCACGUCCCUUUGAUUGUCGUGUUUUCUGAUGACCAAAGCAGUGAGAAGGAAGAGAAAGAGGAACUGAGUGAAAUGAUCACCCAUGAGCAACUUCUGGAGCUGGACAACCAGGGCCUGGAUGGUUAUUCCAGUGGUCCUGGGGAAGAGGCUCUGCUGCAGAUGAGGUCAAACAUCAUCUAUGACUCCACUGCCCGCAUCAGAAGGAAUGCCAAAGGAAACUACUGCAAGAGGACCCCUCUCUACAUCGACUUCAAGGAGAUUGGCUGGGACUCUUGGAUCAUCGCUCCGCCUGGAUAUGAAGCCUAUGAGUGCCGUGGUGUUUGCAACUACCCCCUGGCAGAGCAUCUCACACCCACAAAACAUGCGAUUAUCCAGGCCUUGGUCCACCUCAAGAAUUCCCAGAAGGCUUCCAAAGCCUGCUGUGUGCCCACCAAGCUGGAGCCCAUCUCCAUCCUCUAUUUAGACAAAGGCGUUGUCACUUACAAGUUUAAAUAUGAAGGCAUGGCUGUUUCUGAGUGUGGCUGCAGAUAGAAGAGGAUUUGUGUUGCUUAUUUAAUAACUGUAUAUGUGUAUAUUUUAUGUGCUUAUUUAAUAAGAUUAUUUAAUAAGGGUGUACAGAUCAUAGAGGUUUACUUAGGGAAAUGGACAGGUUGGUUCGUUGUAAGAAAUGCUUAUUUUGUUAUACAGUCUCAUUCCUUCUGAUCUGUGUUUCUCUGGAUUUGCCGUUUCCUGACAAUGCCACCUCCAACAGCAAAUGGCAAGAUCAUGCUAUUUGUCUUCUAUGUCAAUUUGAAAACAACAAUCCCUAAGCAGAGAUAUAGUGUCAAAAGAUAGAUUUAUGUGUAUGUAUAUGUGUACAUAUAAGCUUAUAAAACUCUAUUGGUUCUAUAGAGGUAGAUUAGACUCAUACACAUGCAAAACUCAAUCAAAUAUGUAUAUAUUAAAAGCCAAUGGUAUGCUCUCAGUCAACUCUUCUCUGAGUAGGAGUUAUGUCAAGAUAAUUUGCACCAGGGAUUUCACCAUCCUAGGAAAUAUUACAUUUCCUAAACAUUAUUGGGAAUGUAGGUGGAGCUUUCAUCAGUCGAGUGUCUGCCAUCACUCAGAGAAGCAGGGCCUGGUAAAGGAUGUUGUAUGUGUAAGGAGAGGGGUUAUUUGAUGCAGAAACCAAAUGGGUUCAAGAGGUAGUGGCUUUAAAGUGCACUAGCAAAGAAUAAACCCAUUGUGGCACCAAUGUGCUCGAGGGAGCAGUGCCUGGUCAAGAAAGGAAAAAGUGGGGCUUCAGGAUGACAUCUGCUUCCGAGAUAAUAGGAAAGCAAGGCCAAUGCUGGCCUUCACUGCUACAGAAGGUAGAGGAGGUGGGAGAGGGCACAUAGGGGAUGAGAGAAAAGGGAUCUGGAUGUUAUCCUAGGAUGUGUCUGUAAAAUUAUAAGCAGUUCUAAUCAGAGAAUUUCAUUUUUUGGACAAAAUAAAAUUUUCAAAGAACAAGAGGGGAAAAACCAGAAGGGAUCUGUCCGUUGGCCUCUUCACUUCACUUCUUAACAUUUUUUCUUCAAUUCUUCGUAUUUCUCCCUUGCCUCUGCACCUCUGCUCUUGUUUUGUCCACCCUUUUUCUUCCCUCUUUCUUCUUUGCCCAGAGCCUCGUGUCUUUCUCCCAUUCUUCUGUCCCUUGUCUUCACGCGCCUUCAUUGCUCCAAUGUGACCUGGGGGGACACCGGAAAGCAUUUCUUUCAAGACGAGUGGAGUUAGUGCUCUAAUUUCUAGUUUCCUCCCUGACAUUUAAUUUGAUUUGCUUUUAACAAUAUCCUUUAUGAAUGUUUUUCGUGAAGAAUAUUUAAGAAUAAGGAAAAGAAAAUGAGAGUCCAAAUGGACUCACCUAAGUAAAUGAAUUAAUACAUAGACAUACAAGCAGAUGACUGAAAGCUAAGCCUGAAUUUUGAAAUCAGGUAGAACCCUUAUAGCUUCCCAUUCUGCAGUCUUCCCACUUGGGAACUGGCCAGGACUAAGGACUGGGAAGUGUUCCUGACAGCAAUGAUCUGUCAGGCCUUGGUCCACCUUAAGAUUAUCCACCUCAAGUUUAUGGGUCUGCCAGCAGUUGGCCAGUUGGAAGGACACCGAGACUCUGGCUGUGGUCUAAACCUUCCCACCCCCAUGAGGGAUCGUGGGCUUUGUGCAGGAGGAACCAGAGUAGUGCAGUUCUCAAGCUGUUCUGACAGCUCCAGGAGGAUGACACAGAUGGUUCAAGCUAGAAUCAGGAAUGUGAUUUCUAGUACGUUGUCCCCACUCACCCAUUGAAUGCUUCCCUAAGAAGUCUGCCAUGUUUUAUAACCUAGGAAACCAUCAGCCUUCCUUUCACAAAACUCUUGGGGUUAUAAACUCAUAUUGCACUAGAAAAUAGAGGCAAGGGAAGUGAUUUUGAAAGACAUUUUGCCCAAUUUGGACCUCAGCUCUGUACAUCCAGAUGCAUAGAUUCUGAGAGCAAACAGAGGGAAGAUCUCGGGGGAUUCAUUGGCCUAAGAAAGUGGUAUUCUGACUAUCAGUGAGUAUACAGUGAGUGACAAUUUGAGAUGGUCAUGCAAUUCAGAUCCAUUCAUUUAUGGAAUAAUCUCCAUAUACAAUGGUACGUGUGUGUGUGUGUGUGUGUGUGUGUGUGUGUAUGUGGUGUAUGUAACUGGCUUUGGAUAGCCACACUCAGACCCCUCAGUGGGAUGUGGUACAUCCUUUACACCCAUGGUACUCACUUUAUACUCAUAUACUCUACGGUACUUCUUAUUCUUCUAAUGGACACCAUAAUAGACAUACAGUAAAACCUCAGUUGAACAAGACAGUUCUAGUUAGAGAAAAAUCAAGCAAAACUUUAUGUUUAAAAUAUUUAAGACAGUGGUGUGCUUGUAAAUGCUUUACAGCCAGCAGUCCUGGGGUGAAUUAGCCCUGACUUGUUAAUUUCAAUGGUGAAAUACUCGCAUGGCCUAUUUCAAUGCACUAAAGUGAUGUCAACUGGCUUGCAAAAUUCCUGAACUUAACAACUAUUCUCAGGAGCCAUGCUUGCUGGCUCUGGCACCCCACUGCUAUCAGCACCCUGUUCAUGCCUUCUGCCGACUUGCCAGGUUCCUAGAGAAAUCUUGUUGCGAGCACUUAUAGCCACUCUUCUAUUAAAGAUA